CCCUCUCCCCUUGUCUCAGUGGAAAAAUCAGAGUGAUGCCACUUUCCAGACCAGCUGUCUCCAGAGCAUCUCUGCAGACCCGCACCACAGCUGUCCUCCUCGCACUAAAAUUCUGGUACACUGACUCCUUGUUCAGGGCUCUCUUUACAGUCUCACAGCCCUUUCCCCUUUCAUUCAGUAUUUCACCAUCUGGAAGUGUCCAGAAAAAGGAGGGGAAAAGACUCUGACCAAGACCAGGGAUGGACUCAGAGCAGCCUCAGGAAUCCCUGGGCUUGUUCCAGCACUUCAGAGUGGCCAGUCUGCUUCUCGCAGCAUCCUUUUAGCAGUUGGCAAAGAGGAGAAAUCAGACAAUAAAACAAUGUAGUCUAUGAACUCAAGGUAUCUGUGGACAUCCUUAACUUUUAACACUUUUUUUUAACACUUCCUAACACUUUUAUAAUCCAAAAAUUAGAAUAGUUAUCUUUGCUCUAUGUUAUUACACAUUAUCACUAUGUAGGUGCUUCUGUGUUGUAAUUCAGUUAGUGGGGUGGGUCACUCAGCAGGGAGGUGGGUGCUUUGUGGGUGCACCCAGGAUGUGGUUGAAAAACCCCAGCAGAUUUCACUUUCUGGUUGGGUGAUUGGGUAAAUAUCUUAUUUUUCUGGAGCUGCUUUUUCAUUCUGUGUAGAAUGGUAGUCGUAGGAGAGCCUUCCUGGCAUUGUUUGGGAGGUCAAAUGACAGACUGAUUGUCCAAAGGUCUUUGUCAACUGUUGCAAGCUUCAGGGGGAGAAAUUGGGGGUAUUAUUUCCCGGAGUGUGAGAGGACUUUAUAGGAGGCACUGCCCGCGUUUAACCUGGAAAUGCUAAUUCAGGGAACUCACCAACCGCGCGGCAGGAAACCCCGGGGAGAGGCCGGGGCCGGAUGCAGGAGCAAUGGUAAUAUCUUUGUUCACUUUUGCUGUUGGUGUCAAUAUCUGCUUAGGAUUCACAGCAAAUCGAAUUAAGAGGGCAGAAGGAUGGGAUGAAGGUCCUCCUACAGUGCUAUCAGACUCCCCCUCGAUCAACAUCUCCGGCUCUUGCAAGGGCAGAUGCUUCGAGCUUCAAGAGGCCGGACCCCCCGAUUGUCGCUGCGACAACCUGUGUAAGAGCUACAGCAGCUGCUGCCUUGACUUUGACGAGCUCUGCCUGAAGACAGCUGGCGGCUGGGAGUGUACCAAGGACAGAUGCGGAGAAGUAAGAAACGAAGACCAUGCCUGUCACUGCUCAGAGGACUGCUUGGCCAGGGGAGACUGCUGCACUAACUACCAAGUGGUUUGCAAAGGAGAGUCUCAUUGGGUAGAUGAUGACUGUGAGGAAAUAAAGACCCCAGAAUGUCCUGCAGGGUUUGUUCGCCCUCCACUGAUCAUCUUCUCUGUGGACGGUUUCCGCGCAUCGUACAUGAAGAAAGGCAGCAAGGUCAUGCCUAACAUUGAAAAGCUGAGGUCUUGUGGCACUCACUCUCCCUACAUGAGGCCUGUGUACCCAACAAAAACUUUCCCUAACUUAUACACUUUGGCCACUGGGCUGUAUCCAGAAUCACAUGGAAUUGUUGGUAAUUCCAUGUAUGAUCCUGUAUUUGAUGCACAUUUCAAUCUUCGAGGGCGAGAGAAAUUUAACCAUAGGUGGUGGGGAGGUCAACCGCUAUGGAUUACAGCCACGAAGCAAGGGGUGAACGCUGGGACAUUCUUCUGGCCUGUGGUGAUCCCUCACGAGCGGAGGAUACUGACCAUCCUGCAGUGGCUGACCCUGCCGGACCACGAAAGGCCUUCAGUAUAUGCCUUCUAUUCCGAACAGCCUGAUUUCUCUGGACACAAGUAUGGCCCCUUUGGCCCUGAGGAGAGUAGUUAUGGUUCACCUUUUACUCCGGCUAAGAGACCUAAGAGGAAGGUUACCCCUAAGAGGAGACAGGAAAGACCAGUUACUCCUCCAAAGAAAAGAAGAAGAAAAGUACAUAGGAUGGAUCAUUAUGCCGCGGAAGCUCGUCAGGACAAAAUGACGAAUCCUCUGAGGGACAUUGACAAAACCGUGGGACAGUUAAUGGACGGACUGAAACAACUGAAGCUGCAUCGCUGUGUGAAUGUCAUCUUCGUUGGAGACCAUGGAAUGGAAGAUGUCACAUGUGAUAGAACAGAAUUCUUGAGCAAUUACCUGACUAAUGUGGAUGAUAUUAUUUUAGUGCCAGGAACUCUAGGAAGAAUUCGACCCAAAUUCAACAAUCAUGCUAAAUAUGACCCUAAAGUCAUUAUUGCUAAUCUCACGUGUAAAAAACCAGACCAGCACUUUAAGCCUUACAUGAAACAGCACCUUCCCAAACGUUUGCACUAUGCCAACAACAGAAGGAUUGAAGACGUCCAUUUACUGGUGGAGCGCAGAUGGCAUGUUGCAAGGAAACCUCUGGAGGUUUAUAAGAAACCAUCAGGGAAAUGUUUUUUCCAGGGAGACCAUGGAUUUGAUAACAAGGUCAACAGUAUGCAGACUGUUUUUGUAGGUUAUGGCCCAACAUUUAAGUACAAGACCAAAGUGCCUCCAUUUGAAAACAUUGAACUUUACAAUGUUAUGUGUGAUCUCCUGGGAUUGAAGCCAGCUCCGAAUAACGGGACCCACGGGAGUUUGAACCAUCUCCUGCGUACCAACAUCUUCAGACCAACUAUGCCAGAGGAAGUCACUAGACCCAACUACCCAGGAAUUAUGUACCUUCAGUCUGAUUUUGACUUGGGCUGUACCUGUGAUGAUAAGCUAGAGCCAAAGAACAAAUUGGAUGAACUCAACAAGCGCCUCCAUAUCAAAGAGUCCACAGAAGCUGAAACCAGGAAAUUCAGAGGCAGCAAAAAUGAAAUCAAGGAAAACGUUAAUGGAAAUUUUGAACCUAGAAAAGAGAGACAUCUCCUCUAUGGACGGCCUGCUGUGCUCUAUCGGACUAGAUAUGAUAUCUUAUAUCACACUGACUUUGAAAGCGGUUAUAGUGAAAUAUUUCUAAUGCCACUCUGGACAUCAUACACUGUUUCCAAACAGGCUGAGGUCUCUGGCAUCGCUGAACACCUGACCAACUGUGUCCGGCCUGAUGUCCGUGUUUCUCCGAGUUUCAGUCAGAGCUGUUUGGCCUACAAAAAUGAUAAACAGAUGUCCUAUGGAUUCCUCUUUCCUCCUUAUCUGAGCUCGUCCCCAGAAGCUAAAUAUGAUGCAUUCCUUGUAACCAAUAUGGUUCCAAUGUAUCCUGCUUUUAAACGCAUCUGGAGUUAUUUCCAAAGGGUUCUGGUGAAGAAAUAUGCUUCAGAAAGAAAUGGGGUUAAUGUGAUAAGUGGACCAAUUUUUGACUAUGACUACGAUGGCCUACAUGACACACAAGACAAAAUCAAACAGUACGUGGAGGGCAGCUCCGUCCCCGUGCCCACCCACUACUACAGCAUCCUCACCAGCUGCCUGGACUUCACGCAGCCCGCCGACCGCUGCGACGGGCCGCUCUCCGUGUCCGCCUUCGUGCUGCCCCACAGGCCCGACAACGACGAGAGCUGCAACAGCUCAGAGGAUGAGUCGAAAUGGGUGGAAGAGCUUCUCAAGAUGCACACAGCGCGGGUGCGAGACAUCGAGCAUCUCACCAGCCUGGACUUCUUCCGCAAGACCAGCCGCAGCUACCCGGAAAUUCUGACCCUAAAGACGUACCUGCAGACGUAUGAGAGCGAGAUCUAGCCUUCCAGCCCUCUGCGCCGCAGGCUUAUCAACUGGUGUAUAUUUUUAUAUUGUUUUUGUAUUUAUUAAUUUGAAACCAGGACAUUAAAAAAAAAUGCUAGUAUUUUAAUCCUGUACCAAAUCUGACAUCUUACGCCUGACUGACUCCACUGUUUUCCUCUAAUGCUUGAUUUAGGUAGUCCUGUGUUUUGAGUAGAGCUUGUAAUAAUUACUGCAGCUUGCAUUUUUAGUGGAAGCUUCUAAAUGGUGCUGCAUAUUCCAUAUUUGCAUUGAGGAAAUCUCAGUCUUCCAAUGCACAGUUGCCACAUUUAGUCCCGUACUGUGUUAAAAUACUGAUUUUGUAAAGUUGCAUUCAUUUAUUAUUGUUAAUUAUGACAGACAUUUAAACCUUAUAGACCAAUCGUAAAUAUAAUAAAUCACACAUUCAGUUUUUU